AUCUUAUGAACUUAUAAUUGACAUGGCUGAUAUCUCUGACAGUGGCAAUUACACAUGUCAAUACGUGAAUGAGGUGGAUAAUUUACCCAUUGAAAUAUGGACGGAGGUUAGAGUAUGGGCAUAUUGUUAUCCACCAAGAUUGCCCGACCAUGCCACCUAUACUCCAAGAUUAGAUGAAUAUGGCGAAGGACGUUUUAUAAACUUUAGCUGUAACGAGGGUUACGCAUUAUCUGGGAACGCUACAGUCCAGUGCGUGCCUUCCGGUCAUGUCAGUAGCUGGUCUGCAGAAAACCAAAAUUGUUCAAAAAUUUCGUUUCAACAAUGGCUGUUAUUUACAAUCAGUGGUACCGGUGCUGGAAUUUUCGUCAUUUUAGUUGUUGUACUCGCUGUAUGCUGUUAUAAACGAUCGAGACGAAAACGCAACGUGACACGUACGGACCCGGAAACAUCAGCUGAUCAAAAUGAGUUCAUGACGAUGCAGGCGUUUUCCCCCAAGGGGGUGGUUGAAUCCCACAAUUUACCUUCAACUACAUCAACUGAGAAGAAAAAAGAGACAGAGGAUUCCGCGUCACCUCAUGAACCAUUACUCUAUCCUCGCCUGCCAUCGAACACAGAAACAGAUCGUAAUCAACACAAGACAACGAGGAAUGUUCCAAUUCAAGAAUUAUCAUCAAAGGGAGACACUGAAUCCCACAAAUCCACAGCAACUAAACCGAAUGAAAUGGUCCCACGACAUACCGGUACACCCCAUAAACCAUUGCUAUACCCUGGUCUACCGUCAAGCAAAGAAAUGGCCGACUCACAAAAUAAGAAUAAAUCUUCUUUUCCCAUUGCCAAACCAUUGGGAUCUAUCUUAACACCCAACCCACAAAGACAAAAACAGGGGGAGUAUCUGACGUAUAGUAAACAGAAAGGUAUAAAAUAAAAGUAUCAAUCCAACAAACGGUUUGGCUUGGAUGUGUAGACAAGACUUUACAGACAUGAUUUGAGGACGGAAAAUGCAAAAUGACCGAAAUUGCCAAUGUGACAAUAUUCAUAAAGAUCGUCAAAGUAACAAAAGCGAGGGACUAAAUAUGUGAAUUGCGUCUUCGUUAAUAUACCAAACGUAGAACCACCUGCAUAUUCUCAAACUAGACUGUCUUCCUUAACUU